UCGGUGGUCGAUACAAUUCAACGCAGACGCAGCGUCUGACACUGUGACAACAGACACGAGCCCAUACGCAUCAUGCUUUGAGGGUAAACGUCUCUACUAUUGUUGAUAAAGCGUUCAAUAGGAAAGUCCAGUGGUUACUGCGUUUGAUUGUGCAAGAGAAUUUUAUUCUUGUGGAUAAAGAUAAUUUAAUUGCUCAAAACCACAUUAAAAUGCCGGAUAAGGAGAUGACGGCUGACUCGGGGCAGGUGGAGACCUUCACUUUUGACCGUGAGAUCGCCCAAUUGAUAAAUCUCUUCGGGCAUAUGUUUUAUACCAACCAAGAACUCUUCCUUCGUGAAAUGCUCUACUACAUAUCUGAGGUUCUCGAUAAAAUUGUUUAUGGAUCUGGUACGCACCUAACGAGAUUUGAUCUUAAGAAGGAACUGGAGAUCAAAAUCAUUCCCAAUAAGAAGGACAGGACACUUACCUUUAUUGACAAUGGUUACGGUAUGACGAAAGAAGACCUCGUGGAGAACCUGGGAAGAAGCGCCAAGUUAGAAGCAAAAGAGUUCAUCGAGAAAAUACAGCCGGGGGCUGACCUUUUCAUGGUCAGCGACUAUGAGCUUAGUUUUUAUACGGCUUAUGUAGUGGCUGAUAAAGUAACAGUGGUCACCAAGCACAAAGACGACAAACAGUACGUUUGGGAGGCGUCAUCAGGAAGUUCUUUCACGAUUCGCCCAGACAACGGCGAGCCCCUGAGUCGAGGUACAAAGAUCAUCCUUCACAUGAAAGAAGAGUUCAUCGACUACCUUGAGCCACCCAAGAUCAAGAAAGUAGUGAAGCGAUACUCGCACGUCAUUACUUACACGAUAAAACUGCUGGUCGAGAAAAAACGAGACCGAGAGCUGGACGGUGGUGGAGAAGAACUGCCUGCCACUGACACCGAGGAGAAGGAGUAUAGCAAAUACAAAAUCGAGGAGAUCGGUGACGAAGACGAUGAUGAUCUAGAAGAGAAGAUGAAAUGGAAAAAGAUGAAAGAAACGCACGCGAUUGAGGGAGAAUCUAACAGGACAAAGCCCCUCUGGGCGAGAAAUCCAGAUGAGAUCACCGUUAAUCAGUAUAAAGAGUUGUACAAGGUUCUGACGAAUGAUUGCGAGGACUACAUGGGUUUGAAGCACAUCUCAGUGGACGGUCCACUGGGGUUUCAAGCCGUUCUGUUCAUCCCGAAACGGCUUCGCUAUCACGCCACCCGCACCAAUAAGAACCCCGGCGUAAAGCUGUUCGUCAGACGAGUCUUCGUCAUGGACACCUGGGACUCGUUUCUGCCAGAGUACCUGAACUUCGUCAAGGGUGUGAUUGACAGUGAGGACCUGUCCGGGACCAUCACUUGUGAGAUGCUGAAUCGGAACAGGACACGGAUGGCUAUUCGCCAGAUUCUCGUGGACAAGUGUCUAGACUUAUUUGACGAAAUAGCAGAGAAUGAGGAAUCUUUUAACAAAUUUUACAGUGAGUACUCUGUGGACUUGAAGAACGGCAUCCAUGAGGACCCGAUGAACAGAGCGAGACUUAGUAAUCUCCUAAGGUUUCAUACAUCAUUCACUGGUGAAAACAGAUGCUCCUUCAAGGAUUACGUAGGAAGGAUGAAGGAGAACCAGAAGUACAUCUAUUACAUCAUUGGCGAGUCUCGGGAGCACAUAAUCAAUUCAGAAUCCGUCGAGAGCGUUCUACAACGCGGUUUGGAGAUUAUCUACCUGACUGCGGCCCUGGAUGAAUAUACCAUGCAGGCGAUACAGGAGUUCAAUGGCAUCCAGCUGAUGUCAGUAUGUCAGGAGGGAUUGGUGCUACCUCUAACUGAGGAGGAGGAAAAGAAGAUACAGGAGGACAAAAUUAAAUUCGAGAAACUGUGUAGAGUGAUGAAAAAGAUCUUGGAUGAGAAGGUGGAGAAGGUUGUGAUAUCUAAUAGGCUCGUUGGCUCACCCUGCUGUAUUACGACCCCGCAAGAUGAAUGGACUCUCAACAUGGAACGAGUUAUGAACUCUAGAAGGCUACUGGGAAAAAAACACCUUGAAAUAAACCCCGAUGAUAGCAUCAUUGAGAAGUUCAGGCAGAAGGUGGAGGUGGAUGAGGAUGAUAAAACUGUUAGAGAUCUCGUCCUGCUAAUGUUUGAGACGGCUAUAAUGGCCUCAGACCUUCUGCUCGAAAAUCCUCAGGCCAACAUUUCCAGAACUCACAGGAUGAUUCAGUUUGCACUGGGACUUGAAGUGUAUAUGGAAGAGUCCGAAGUCCAAAUGGACGAGAGAACUCUUGAUGACACGUACGAUUCAGAUGACGACAUGGACGAUUCUUUUUGAACGUUUUCAUACAAUUCAUUAAAUACCUCAAAGACGUUGAAAGGCUAUUAAAAAAUGGCAUAUGCUAUAUUCUGUAUUUUUGUGACAUUGAUAUCAUUAUCAUCCCACGACAAAUGUCAGCCACUCAUUAUGUAUUAUAUGAGAUAGAAUUUAAGGAUGCAAAAAUGUAAGACAAUGAAUGAAAUUUAUGGUUGAGAA